AUUUCUAGCUAUUCUGCAACUUCCUCUGGCAAUUCAGAAGAUAAAAUGGUUGAAGAAGUUAAAUCUUUACCAGAUACCAAGACCAAGUUAAGUAUAUCUACUGAAUCUCACAUUUUCGAUUCAUCUG